AUGAGUAAAAGAGGAAAGGUCUUGCACAGUGGCGAACGCAAUUUAUUAUAUAAGAUAAUGACAUUCUUUGAACAAGAAAAGGUUGAAAAGCAGUUGAUAACGCCUUAUGAUGUUCACGAUGUCGUAGCUAUGAAAAGUAUUGGCAGAUUAAAAAAUGAAAACUCACGUGAUACUUGUGGCAGCACACUGCUCACACAGCCCGAUGCACCGUCGGAAAUAGAAAUUAAGUUGUUGGAAAAUGAAAAGAAGUACCAGGCGCUAUUAAAAUCAUUCGAUAACGUUAUCAAGAGAACUGCGGCCGCCACUGGUAUAUCUGAACGUACUUUGACCGUUUCUACACAGUUAAAAAGGAAGUUCCUACGCUGCGCAAGAUAUUAG